AUGACGGUGGUACAGCAACUCCUGAAAACAUUCUGCAUCCAUUUUUGUGUAAUUGUUUGGUCUGAUCUUAUGGUGGGAUUUUCGACAUCUUGUCUGACGCGUCGCUGUCUGGCAAAUGAGCUGGUUGCCAAGGAGCUGUUCAGUGCACCACAGUCUCAGGGAUGCAGCAUAGUUGUGAACCUUACAAGCAUCCAGUAUGAGACUUUAGCAGUGGAUACAAAAGCUUUACGUUUCUCCAGUCGCAUUAAAAUUCAAAUGCAAUGGACAGAUCCAGACCUUGCAUGGAACAAUAAAAAAUACCAGUUUGAUGAUCUUAUGAUGCCCGUUGAUAAAAUCUGGACGCCUGAUCUAACUGUGAACAAUGCAGUGGAAACAGAUGUGAAGCCCAUGUAUGAUGAUAUACUGGUGAGACAUGAUGGUACCGUAAAACAUUCUAUCCAAAUGUACACCACUGUGGUGUGUGGAAUAAACCUCUUCAACUAUCCAUUUGUGCUGGAUGGAUGUCCAAUAGCCCUUAAUGGAUGGAGUGAUAAAUUCUGUGGCCUGCGCUUCCUGUAUGGAAGAAUAGAUGCAGUGGGGGAAAAUCGGGGUGAAUGGCAAACUGUAUCAGUGGAUCUCAUUGAGGACAAACUUAAACCGUUUCGCAACUACAUCUAUGUCACAAUGUCUAUCAACCCAUUCAACACAAUAGUGACACUCAUCCUGCCCAGUGUGCUCAUCAUGAUGGCUGAUCUGGUGAGUUUUGCUCUUCCGUUGGAACAGGGAAAACGCAGUACCUUUAAAAUCACACUUGUGCUCAGCUUCACCAUGUCCCUCCUCAUCCUCACUGAACAUCUACCUGACACCGGCCUCUGCAGCCCUCUGAUCCGUUACCACUUUUGUUUUUGUCUAAUUGUUUUGGUUAUGAGUCUGCUGACUUCCAUGGUAUUCUCGCGGAUAUCUGAAAGUGGCAGGUUCCUUCCCGCAAUGUGUUUAAAAUCAUGUAAAGGCAAAGCAAAGGAUGAAGAAAGAAAGGAUAUUAUAAUGAACGAUGUGGUAACAGUCUGUGCUGAUGUGACAACCAAAGAAACGUCGAUGGAGAAAAUUGUGACUUUCCUGGAGAACAUGGAGAAUGCUAAUGAGGAGACAAAGAGGAAGAACGCUUAUGAAUCAGAAGAGCUGCUGUAA